AUGCAUGCCCAUUCAGUGAACAUGUCUGCUCGCACAGCCAUGUCCCUUGGCCGACUCAACGUCACUGCGCCCUCCCUCGGCGCGCUUCGUCCCAUCCAACACACUCAGAUGACGUCCAAGCAGCUCACACGCCUCGGUUCCACGGCAGCCCGGACAUCGAGCCUCGUCAGUCAGGAUACACAUCGCCCUCAGUCUCCGGCCUCCUUUCUCCCUACCGGCCUCCGAGCACAGUCCACCGCGGCGCCUGCCGAUGAAGUGAAGCUGGAUUGGAAUUCCUUCUUCAAGCUUCGCGCCUCGCGCCGUCGCUACUCUCUCGCCUCCUCGAUCGCCACUUCCCUCGCCAGUACCACUGCCGGAGUCCAGAUCAUCUCCGGUCAGGACCUCGAGGCCCUGGGUGGCGCAGUGAUGGGCCUGGAUCCGUUCGUGGUGCUCGGCCUGGCCACAGCAGCAUGCGGCGCUGCUGGAUGGUUGGCUGGCCCUGUGAUUGGCAACGGGGUCUGGGGCUUGGUUUACAGGAAGUUCAAGCCCUCCGUGAACACAAAAGAGAAGGAGUUCUUUGAUCGCAUUCGCCGUUUCCGUGUGGACCCGUCCACCAACUCGAUUGCCAACCCCGUCCCCGAUUACUACGGCGAGAAGAUUGGCAGUGUGCAAGGAUACCGACAGUGGCUGAAGGACCAGCGUGCCUACAACCGGAAGCGCCGCAACUUCAUCGCCUAG